UAGAAACAGAGAAAAGAUAGAGCCAGCGAAGAUUUUUAAAGAAACCUAAAGUGUGAAGCGCCGUGGAGGAGACAAAACAGGAGGAGAGCAUAAACAAAAUCAAACUCCUAUUUUUCCUUCCUCGACCACCAGAUCGAUCGAGAAUCUCUUACGGUCCAAAACCUGAGUCUGGUUAAUGCCUGGAAGCCACGGGGAGAUUACGGUUGAUGAUCAGAACGGAGUCGAUAACAACGAUCACAAGACGACGACCACGAGAAGGAGGAAGAAGAAAAAGAAGGAGGAGGAUGAUGAUGGUGUUGAGAACGAGAAUCAAUUAGUAAUGCCCUCGAUUUCAAAACCCAGGAAGCGAUUUAUAGACAAAUUCAGAAAGAGACCCAAAUCACCAAAGCGACAAUCUUCUUCUUCUGGGUCGAGUAAAGGAGGAUGCUUUUCUUUGAGGAGACGUCGGAGAAGAGAGGAGGAGGAGGAGGAUGGUUCUCCUUCUUCUCCAGUUUCCGACCCUAACGAUGAAAGCUUCACUCAUGAGAUGCUGCGUGUUAUGUUGGAGACUAAUGAUUUCUGCUCUAAUGAGUGUAAUCCGCAUCGAUGAUUUUGUGUUCAGUUUUGAUUAUUUGGACAAGGUGGGGGGAGUGAUUCUUGUUAUAGAUUUUUUCUUUCUUUUCUUUGCUCAAUCUGUAUAGAAUUUUAUUUCCUUAUGUUACAGACCAAUGACGAUGAUAAUCAUCUUCAUCAUUAAGCAAUUGUGUAUGGAAUCUGAUUCGUAUUGAUACGGUUAGGAUAC